AUGGCUUCCAACAUAGGCAUAAUGGACAGUGCUUACUUUGUUGGACGGAAUGAGAUUUUGACAUGGAUCAACAAUCGUCUUCAGCUCAAUCUCUCUCGCAUUGAAGAGGCUGCAUCUGGUGCUGUGCAAUGUCAAAUGAUGGAUAUGACCUAUCCAGGAGUUGUUCCAAUGCACAAGGUCAAUUUUGAUGCUAAGACAGAAUAUGAUAUGAUCCAAAAUUAUAAGGUUCUGCAGGAAGUAUUCAACAAGUUGAAAAUUGAGAAGCAUCUUGAAGUCAAUAGACUUGUUAAAGGCAGGCCUUUGGACAACUUGGAGUUCUUGCAAUGGCUGAAGCGCUACUGUGAUUCUGUAAAUGGUGGCAUAAUGAAUGAAAACUAUAACCCCGUGGAGCGAAGGUGCAAGGGUGGGAAGGAUCGGUAUCCGAAGGGUUCUCAGAAAUCCUCAAAAUCUUUGCAAGCAAACAAUUUACCUAACCCUGGCUCUGGUGAUACAGUUGGUCUCAAUAAAACCUCUGGACCAAAGCAAGGGAAGCCUUAUGCAGCGGCUGGGGGUGCUAAUUCUUCAGGAGAGGUUCAGGCUUUGUCCAAGGAGAUUACAGAUCUCAAGCUCUCCGUGGACCUUUUGGAAAAAGAAAGGGAUUUUUACUUUGCAAAAUUAAGGGAUAUUGAAAUUCUUUGUCAGACGUCUGAAUUGGAGGAACUUCCGAUGGCAGUAGCAAUAAAGAAAAUAUUAUAUGCUGCCGAUGCAAAAGAAUCACCACUUGCUGAAGCCCAGGAGUACCUCUACCAAUCCAUGAAUGCUGAUGAGAAAGAAGCUGAAACCGAAGAAACUGAUCCCUAA